ACAAGAGCCCGUGUUGACGCGUGUGUUAGGAUGAAAAAAUGCAAGAAAAUGACUUAAACGAGCGUCAAGAGGAACCAGCCAGUCUUCCACCUACAAGCAACGACACAAACAACAAAAACACAAGCUGCAACGACAGCAGCGAACUCCAAAUUUCCAGUGAGUCGGUCACGGUCACGGAUCAGCAGCAACCACAGGUGGCUAUCGAGGAACCGCAAAUAGCCGAGCAGGUUGAUUCUUCCACGACAGCUAAUCCAGACACAGGUGAUACAACCAGGCCGGAAAGGCUUUCCCCCACAUUACCGCUCGUAGCCCUAUAUCCUGCUAUAUUCGAAGUUGCCGAUAAAGUCGUCGAUCAAGCGGUAGAUGAGCCGUCGUCUGUAGUGGGUCCAGAUAGGGACGAGCUAUUGCCGCUAACUCCCAAACGAAAGCGUCAGCGUCGUGUUUAUAUCGCGGACACAUCCCGCUGCCUGCGAUCGAGACAAGAGUCGAAAGACACAACCGAGGCGGGGUCGAAGCAGGUGCCGACAACACCAACGCCACCGCCAACACAGGUCGCCUCACCGACGCCCACAGAAUCCACAGAGUACAUCAAACCAGAGCAAUUUAAUCCGGCGUUCUGGAAUUUGAUUGAAGAAGAGGAAUUUAAAUUCGUCGGCAAGAAGCGACGCGUUGCCGGUGGACGUAAUCGCACGCGACGCGGCAGGCUACUGAACGAGCUCGGUGAAAACUACGCCCCGGAAACAGCGGCCGCUAUUGCGGCGGCACAACUUGAGCUCGAUUCGUCAGGGAAGCCAUCAUCACGUGCCAAACGUAAGAGGAACACCACCAUGUCGUUGUACGACCGUCGAUUCCAGAGCACCGCCGAUGAGCGGCGCGUGCCGAACGGGUAUGGCGGCAACGGAUUACGGACAGGCAGUGCGGCCACUUCGAGUGACAUUGAGCCGCAGGAGUUGCAGGUCCAUCCGUAUUAUGGAUCUUCGGGGGGCAGCAAUCCAACGGGCGCCGGGGCGGGCCUAAAUGGCAGUGGAGCCGCUCUCAACCAUGCUCCUUCAAUGGGCACCCUCUGCAACAUUGGCAACACAUGCUACUUGAACUCGGUAGUGUACACGCUACGCUUUGCUCCACUCUUUCUGCACAACCUGCACCAUCUGAUCCACGACUUGAACGUGGUGCAGCAGAUUAUAGUGCGCCAGAAGACCGCCAAGUCGGCCUCGCUGGGGCGGAACGUGAGUGCCACGCAGCUGGAGCAUGCACGCAGCUGGAGCAGCAAGGAUCUGGCCACCUCAGAGCAGUACAACAGCAGCACCAAUGGCAGCAGCAGUGGCGGGGUCAGUGGCAGCAGCACCAGCACCAGCUCGAUCAAGGAAACCUAUCAGUCGGUCACGGAGAAGCUGCACGAGCUGUACAACAGCCUGCAUGGCAACGAAAUGGCCGACUCGACGGAGCCCUACCAUGCGGACACACUGCUGCAUGCCAUACAGGUUGUGAAUUCCACAUUUGAGGGCAACCAGCAGCAGGACGCCCACGAGUUUCUCAUGUGCGUUCUCAACUGUAUUCGCGAAACGAACCAAGCUCUGAUCAAGGCCGUGGACGAAUGCCCCGAGGUCAUUGCAAACGGUUAUAUAGCCAAUCCCGAUGAGGUGGACUCUGCGGAGGCUGCCCAGGAGCGUACGGAUACCGCGGGGCCUCUGGCAAGCUCUGGCAAUGGCAACACUAGUCAAAUAACCACGACAAAAACAUCUUUCUUCUCACGCAAAUCAAAGAGAAAAGAUGAGGUCAAGUCAUCGAAAUCGACGCGUAUACAGUCACCGCUGAAGGACAACAGUCCGACGGCGGGUGGUCUCACCGCGGCACCGGCGCAUUCCACUGCAAACAGUCUCUUCUAUUUGAAUACAGUUGAUCUCAGCGGCGCCAGCAGCGUUGCGGCCCCGGCAGCAACACCGACCGUUUCGCAGCCAGCGUCGACCGGAAAAUACUCGAGCGACGAUGAAAUGAACCCGGCCAGUGCGCUGAAGAACAACAUGCGAUUGGAGGACCGCAUACGGGAUCUGCAUCUGAACUUCUUCAGUGCCGACUUUGAGGGCACUGUGGUGCUGACCACCAAAUGUCUCAGCUGUGAGACGGUCACGAAGCAAAAGCAGGGCAUGCUCGACAUCUCCGUGCCUGUGCCGAUAUCAGGCUACGACAAUGCCGACCUCCAGGACAAGCCCAGCACCUACAUUCAGAAUUCUUGCAUCACAAAGGAGUACUUUCGGGGUGAGAACAAAUACAGUUGCAAUCAGUGCACCGGCUACACCGAGGCCAUACGGUCCAUCUCGUACGAAGUGCUGCCUCGAUUGCUGGUCAUUCAGCUGAAUCGUUUCUCGGGCGGCAUGGAGAAGGUGAGCACGUAUGUGCCCACGGCCUUUACACUCCCGUGCUUCUGCGCCAAGUGCUGCGAGCUGAGCGACGGCAACAAGCUGCACGUGUACAAGCUGUACAGUGUGAUAACCCAUGUCGGCGCCACCCUUACAGUGGGCCAUUACAUUGCGUACACGUGCUUCCUGGAUCUGCCCAGUGACUAUAUAAACUGCCCAAAGGAUCGUCGGAACACAGUGUCGGGAUCGCAGACGCAGCAGGCGGCGGCUUCCAGUGAGAGUGCGGCGCCAAACAAUGGCAGCAGCCACGUGGCCAGCACGCCCGUGGCGGCGGCUGCCUUGGUCCUGGCCUCCUCUGGCACUAGUCUGAUGAAGAAAAUGAAAUUCGGACGCAGCAAGGCCUCGAGCAGCGGGGACAUGAGCAAAAAUGUAAAGCAACUGAAUGGAAUCAGCAGCAAGAACAUCACCAAUGGCAUUGGCAAGCUCAGCAUGAACACCACCUGCCACGGCGUGAGCUGCUGUGCCAUGCGCCUGUGCUGCAGCCAGCAACCUAGUGCCGCCACCGCCGGCAACAGCAACUCGGCCAGCUGUAGUGACUUCAGCGAGGAGUCCCUGCAGAACGGCAGCAAUAGCAAUCUCAGCCAUGGAAGUGGCAGUGGGGCGGCAGGCAGCGGCGGCAUCAACAGCAGCAGUGUGGUGCCCAACUAUCCCACGGGCUACGGCAGUACGGGACGUGGCGGUGUCAAGGCGAACUAUGCCCACGGCGGCACGGAUCCGAUUUGGUACAUGUGCGAUGACGACAAAAUCAAGGCGAUGACACAGCGGGAGUUCGAGGAGCUGUUGUCCCCAUCACGGAAGAUAACCAUAACACCAUACUUGCUGUUCUAUGCACGAUUCGAUCUGCAGCCGCCGUCGAAGCCCUCGGGCACAGCAUCCUCCUCGACGCCGCCACCGCCAUCUGCGUCAUCGCAAAGCUCCUGGUCGAAUGAGGCUCUGUCCGGCAGCGGUGUAGGGUCGCAUAAGAUUUGAGGGUGUUCGGGAAAGCCCUGGAAGCAGCAGCAUUAAUAUACAAGCAUACAUAUGUAUUGCAUACUGAUAGGAUUGGAUCGGAUGUGGAUGUGGAUGUCUCUAGAGUAAUAUAAUAAGAAGAAGAAGUCUGUUUGUUAAACAAUAUAAUCGUACUAAGAUCUAUCGUU